AGCUCUAGGAAGAGUUUUGGUUGUUCCAAACUUCUUCCAUUUUAAGAAUGAUGGAGGCCACUGUGUUCUUGGGGACCUUCAAUGCUGCAGAAAUGUUUUGGUACCCUUCCCCAGAUCAGUGCCUCGACACAAUCCUGUUUCGGAGCUAUACGGACAAUUCCUUAGACCUCAUGGCUUGGCUCAUGCACUGUCAACUGUGGGACCUUAUAUAGACAGGUGUGUGUCUUUCCAAAUCAUAUCCAAUCAAUUGAAUUUACCACAGGUGAACUCCAAGUUGUAGAAACAUCUCAAGGAUGAUCAAUGGAAACAGGAUGCACCUGAGCUAAAUUUCAAGUCUCAUAGCAAAGGGUCUGAAUACUUAUGUAAAUAAUGUAUUUCUGUUUUUUAUUUGCAAUACAUUUGCUAAAAUGUCUAAAAACCUGUUUUUGCUUUGUCAUUAUAGUGUAUUGUGUGUAGAUUGAUGAGGGAAAAAAGAAAUUUGAAUCAAUUUUAGAAUAAGACUGUAACAAAAUGUGGAAAAAGGGAAGGGGUCUGAAUACUUCCAGAAAGCUCUGUACAUGGAGACUAGUGUGCCGUUUGGGAUGCUGCCUUAGUGUUUGUGUCCCCAACCUGAUAGAAAGCUUGGUGAUGACAGAACUGUUUUCUGAACUGGGACAGACAGUGAGGGACACAGUGAGAACAGAGAGAGUGGGACAGUGAGGACAGAGAGAUCGGAAUAGUGAGGGACACAGUGAGGGACAGUGAGGACGGAGAGAUCGGAACAGUGAGGGACACAGUGAGAACAGAGAGAGUGGGACAGUGAGGACAGAGAGAUCGGAAUAGUGAGGGACACAGUGAGGGACAGUGAGGACGGAGAGAUCGGAAUAGUGAGGGACACAGUGCGGGACAGUGAGGGACACAGUGAAGGACACAGUGAGGACAGAGAGAGCGGAAAAGUGAGGGACAACGUGAAGGACAGUGAGUACAGAAAUAUCAACACAGUGAGGGACAGUGAGUACAGAGAGAUCGGAACAGUGAGGGACACAGUGAGGGUCACAGUGAGUACAGAGAGAUCGGAACAGUGAGGGGCACAGUGAGGGGGACAGUGAGGACAGACAGCAGUAGUUUGAAGGUACCCUCUUUCUGCUGUUGUUACAGUGUGUUUAAACCACAGUGUUUCAUGUGGCUGGGUAUCUGUCUACUGUUGUGUUCCAUUCUGACAACACACCAGGAGCUCUGUAUUGGUACAGUGUUGUGUUCCAUUCUGACAACACACCAGGAGCUCUGUAUUGGUACAGUGUUGUGUUCCAUUCUGACAACACACCAGGAGCUCUGUAUUGGUACAGUGUUGUGUUCCAUUCUGACAACACACCAGGAGCUCUGUAUUGGUACAGUGUUGUGUUCCAUUCUGACAACACACCAGGAGCUCUGUAUUGGUACAGUGUUGUGUUCCAUUCUGACAACACACCAGGAGCUCUGUAUUGGUACAGUGUUGUGUUCCAUUCUACAACCACCACCAGGAGCUCUGUAUUGGUACAGUGUUGUGUUCCAUUCUGACAACACACCAGGAGCUCUGUAUUGGUACAGUGUUGUCUUCCAUUCUGACAACACACCAGGAGCUCUGUAUUGGUACAGUGUGUGUUUCCAUUCUGACAACACACCAGGAGCUCUGUAUUGGUACAGUGUUGUGUUCCAUUCUGACAACACACCAGGAGCUCUGUAUUGGUACAGUGUUGUGUUCCAUUCUGACAACACACCAGGAGCUCUGUAUUGGUACAGUGUUGUGUUCCAUUCUGACAACACACCAGGAGCUCUGUAUUGGUACAGUGUUGUGUUCCAUUCUGACAACACACCAGGAGCUCUGUAUUGGUAACCGUGUUGUGUUCCAUUCUGACAACACACCAGGAGCUCUGUAUUGGUACAGUGUUGUGUUCCAUUCUGACAACACCCAGGAGUUCUGUAUUGGUACAGUGUUGUGUUCCAUUCUGACAACACACCAGGAGCUCUGUAUUGGUACAGUGUUGUGUUCCAUUCUGACAACACACCAGGAGCUCUGUAUUGGUACAGUGUUGUGUUCCAUUCUGACAACACACCAGGAGCUCUGUAUAGCUACGGUGUUGGAGUAGAUCCUCCCAGGGUCAAGGAGGGGAAUAUACAUAUCUUCCACAUGAGAAUGUGUGUGUGUGUGUGUGUGUGUGUGUGUGUGUGUGGUGUGUGUGUGUGUCAUCACCUUGAAGUGUUGAAACUAGGGGAACUGUGGCUAAAGUGGAGGAUGAUGGGUAGCAUGAGAACCUUUCUACUUAACGGAGGGCAGAGAGGAUGAUGGGUAGCAUGAGAACCUUUCUACUUAACGGAGGGCAGAGAGGAGGAUGGGGGGGGUUGGCUGGCAAACAUCAGCUGGAGUGAUGAAAGGACGUUUCAUUUGGGAGGUCUGGCUUGUUAUAUAACCAAAACAAGAAGCACUAACCAUAAUAACACAGCCUUCCUCCUCCUGGUUUGACUGGCUUGGUGACUACAGCCUUCCUCCUCCUGGUUUGACUGGCUUGGUGACUACAGCCUUCCUCCUCCUGGUUUGACUGGCUUGGUGACUACAGCCUUCCUCCUCCUGGUUUGACUGGCUUGGUGACUACAGCCUUCCUCCUCCUGGUUUGACUGGCUUGGUGACUACAGUCUUCCUCCUCUUGGUUUGACUGGCUUGGUGACUACAGCCUUCCUCCUCCUGGUUUGACUGGCUUGGUGACUACAGUCUUCCUCCUCUUGGUUUGACUGGCUUGGUGACUACAGCCUUUCUCCUCUUGGUUUGACUGGCUUGGUGACUACAGUCUUCCUCCUCCUGGUUUGACUGGCUUGGUGACUACAGCCUUCCUCCUCUUGGUUUGACUGGCUUGGUGACUACAGCCUUCCUCCUCCUGGUUUGACUGGCUUGGUGACUACAGUCUUCCUCCUCUUGGUUUGACUGGCUUGGUGACUACAGUCUUCCUCCUCCUGGUUUGACUGGCUUGGUGACUACAGCCUUUCUCCUCUUGGUUUGACUGGCUUGGUGACUACAGUCUUCCUCCUCCUGGUUUGACUGGCUUGGUGACUACAGCCUUCCUCCUCCUGGUUUGACUGGCUUGGUGACUACAGCCUUCCUCCCCUGGUUUGACUGGCUUGGUGACUACAGUCUUCCUCCUCCUGGUUUGACUGGCUUGGUGACUACAGCCUUCCUCCUCCUGGUUUGACUGGCUUGGUGACUACAGCCUUCCUCCUCUUGGUUUGACUGGGUUGGUGACUACAGCCUUCCUCCUCCUGGUUUGACUGGCUUGGUGACUACAGCCUUUCUCCUCCUGGUUUGACUGGCUUGGUGACUACAGUCUUCCUCCUCUUGGUUUGACUGGCUUGGUGACUACAGCCUUCCUCCUCCUGGUUUGACUGGCUUGGUGACUACAGUCUUCCUCCUCCUGGUUUGACUGGCUUGGUGACUACAGCCUUCCUCCUCCUGGUUUGACUGGCUUGGUGACUACAGUCUUCCUCCUCCUGGUUUGACUGGCUUGGUGACUAAAGUCUUCCUCCUCCUGGUUUGACUGGCUUGGUGACUACAGCCUUCCUCCUCCUGGUUUGACUGGCUUGGUGACUACAGUCUUCCUCCUCUUGGUUUGACUGGCUUGGUGACUACAGUCUUCCUCCUCUUGGUUUGACUGGCUUGGUGACUACAGCCUUUCUCCUCCUGGUUUGACUGGCUUGGUGACUACAGCCUUCCUCCUCUUGGUUUGACUGGCUUGGUGACUACAGCCUUUCUCCUCCUGGUUUGACUGGCUUGGUGACUACAGUCUUCCUCCUCUUGGUUUGACUGGCUUGGUGACUACAGCCUUCCUCCUCCUGGUUUGACUGGCUUGGUGACUACAGUCUUCCUCCUCUUGGUUUGACUGGCUUGGUGACUACAGCCUUCCUCCUCCUGGUUUGACUGGCUUGGUGACUACAGUCUUCCUCCUCUUGGUUUGACUGGCUUGGUGACUACAGCCUUCCUCCUCCUGGUUUGACUGGCUUGGUGACUACAGUCUUCCUCCUCUUGGUUUGACUGGCUUGGUGACUACAGUCUUCCUCCUCUUGGUUUGACUGGCUUGGUGACUACAGUCUUCCUCCUCUUGGUUUGACUGGCUUGGUGACUACAGCCUUCCUCCUCCUGGUUUGACUGGCUUGGUGACUACAGUCUUCCUCCUCUUGGUUUGACUGGCUUGGUGACUACAGCCUUCCUCCUCCUGGUUUGACUGGCUUGGUGACUACAGUCUUCCUCCUCUUGGUUUGACUGGCUUGGUGACUACAGUCUUCCUCCUCCUGGUUUGACUGGCUUGGUGACUACAGCCUUUCUCCUCUUGGUUUGACUGGCUUGGUGACUACAGUCUUCCUCCUCCUGGUUUGACUGGCUUGGUGACUACAGCCUUCCUCCUCUUGGUUUGACUGGCUUGGUGACUACAGUCUUCCUCCUCCUGGUUUGACUGGCUUGGUGACUACAGUCUUCCUCCUCUUGGUUUGACUGGCUUGGUGACUACAGCCUUCCUCCUCCUGGUUUGACUGGCUUGGUGACUACAGCCUUCCUCCUCUUGGUUUGACUGGCUUGGUGACUACAGUCUUCCUCCUCCUGGUUUGACUGGCUUGGUGACUACAGUCUUUCUCCUCUUGGUUUGACUGGCUUGGUGACUACAGUCUUCCUCCUCCUGGUUUGACUGGCUUGGUGACUACAGCCUUCCUCCUCCUGGUUUGACUGGCUUGGUGACUACAGUCUUCCUCCUCUUGGUUUGACUGGCUUGGUGACUACAGUCUUCCUCCUCUUGGUUUGACUGUGGCUUGGUGACUACAGUCUUCCUCCUCUUGGUUUGACUGGCUUGGUGACUACAGUCUUCCUCCUCUUGGUUUGACUGGCUUGGUGACUACAGUCUUCCUCCUCUUGGUUUGACUGGCUUGGUGACUACAGUCUUCCUCCUCCUGGUUUGACUGGCUUGGUGACUACAGUCUUCCUCCUCUUGGUUUGACUGGCUUGGUGACUACAGUCUUCCUCCUCCUGGUUUGACUGGCUUGGUGACUACAGUCUUCCUCCUCUUGGUUUGACUGGCUUGGUGACUACAGCCUUCCUCCUCUUGGUUUGACUGGCUUGGUGACUACAGUCUUUCUCCUCCUGGUUUGACUGGCUUGGUGACUACAGUCUUCCUCCUCCUGGUUUGACUGGCUUGGUGACUACAGUCUUCCUCCUCCUGGUUUGACUGGCUUGGUGACUACAGCCUUCCUCCUCCUGGUUUGACUGGCUUGGUGACUACAGCCUUCCUCCUCCUGGUUUGACUGGCUUGGUGACUACAGCCUUCCUCCUCCUGGUUUGACUGGCUUGGUGACUACAGCCUUCCUCCUCCUGGUUUGACUGGCUUGGUGACUACAGCCUUCCUCCUCCUGGUUUGAAUGGCUUGGUGACUACAGCCUUCCUCCUCCUGGUUUGACUGGCUUGGUGACUACAGUCUUCCUCCUCCUGGUUUGACUGGCUUGGUGACUACAGUCUUCCUCCUCCUGGUUUGACUGGCUUGGUGACUACAGCCUUCCUCCUCUUGGUUUGACUGGCUUGGUGACUACAGUCUCCUCCUGGUUUGACUGGCUUGGUGACUACAGCCUUUCUCCUCUUGGUUUGAGCUAGGUAUCACAUACAUGACCAGACAAGACUAGGCUGUACAGAAUGAAAGGGAGAUCAGAGAGAGCGGUGAAAUGAGAGAGGACGGUUCACCACCUGGAUGACUAACAGUAAAUGGGGGGAAACAUGUCAUUUAGGUGACUCAGAGUAUUAGAGAGCGGGAGAGCACCUCAAUUAGUGACUCAAGAGGAAAAACUUCUAACACAUUAAAGAGAGAGAGAGAGUGAUUGACAGAUAAAAGGAGAUCAAAUGAGAGUGAGAACAGUAAAAGGAGGAGAGAAACAGGAGCUCAGUCCUCUCCUGCUCUCCUGUUCUGUCUCUCCCUCAUCGGGAGGAAGACUGGCAGACAGACAGAGCAGGGGUCUGUGUCUCUCAGCGCUAUCAGGGAGCAUCACAGAAUCCCUCAAGUCAUUUAGAGUGGAGAGGAUUGGGGGGCUCUGGAAUGGGAAAGGAGGGAGAGAGAGAGGGAGGGAGGGAGAGAGGGAGGGGGAGGGAGGGAGGGAGGUAUCGGCUGAUUUGUUUUCCGGUGUGCGGCUGCCCGGGCUGAAAGACGACCUCUGAGCGGAAAUCACUUUACAUUUUAGCAGUAAAAGGAUUUCCUAAAAUGUCUUCACCCAUCUCUCUCUCUCUGCCACUCAUCGAACUCUACUUGUUGGCAAAGGAAUGAUUGAUUUACUCCCUCUCCUUCUCCAUCUCUCACUCUCUCCUAUAGUCCCCGUACUCUGGUCUGUUAUUCCGUCACCAGGGCUGGCCUCUGUGUAUCCAUGACAAGGUGAUCAUCCAGCUCUCUCCUCUGGACCCACGCAUCCUCCGCCCCGGGGACUUCUACCUACAGGUAAUCUGUAAAAAAUAUAUAUUUCAUGGUCUUAGAGAGAGGAAUACAGUGGGGAUCUUUUCUGACUUUAUUGAACAGAUGGAGAGAGGUUGUGUUAAAGAACAGAUUAGAACCUACCGACACUGUAGACAUGUGGCUUAGACCCCUGACCACCCUAGACCCCUAGACCACCCUAGACCCCUAGACCACCCUAGACCCCUAGACCACCCUAGACCCCUGACCACCCUAGACCCCUGACCACCCUAGACCCCUAGACCCCUGACCACCCUAGACCCCUGGACCACCCUAGACCCCUAGAAACCUAGACCCCUGACCACCAUAGACCCCUGACCACCCUAGCCCCCUAGACCACCCUAGACCCCUAGACCACCCCUAGACCCCUUAGACACCCUGACCACCACCUAGACCCCUGACCACCCUAGACCCCUAGACCACCCUAGACCCCCUAGACCACCCUAGACCCUAGACCACCCUAGACCCCUGACCACCCUAGACCCCUGACACCCUAGACCCCUAGACCACCCUAGACCCCUGACCACCCUAGACCCCCUGACCACCCUAGACCCCUGACCACCCUAGACCCCUAGACCACCCUAGACCCUGACCACCCUAGGACCCCUAGACCCCUAGACCAACACCCCUAGACCCCUGACCACCCUAGACCCCUAGACCCCUAGACCACCCUAGACCCCUGACCACCUAGACCCCUAGACCCCUGACCACCCUAGACCCCUGACUACCCUAGACCCCUAGACCACCCUAGACCCCUGACCACCCUAGACCACCCUAGACCCCUAGACCACCCUAGACCCCUGACCACCCUAGACCCUAGACCACCCUAGACCCCUGACCACCCUAGACCCCUGACCACCCUAGACCACCCUAGACCCCUAACCACCCUAGACCCCUGACCACCCUAGACCACCCUAGACCCCUGACCACCCUAGACCCCUGACCACCCUAGGCCAUUCUAGACCAUUCUAGGCCACCAGUUAUUGUAUUGAAUGUGAAGUAGCUAAUGCCCAGCCAGUCUUGCCCAAGCUGUCCAUUCUCUCUGCCCCACCUGAAUAUAACCACAGCAGAACACAACGGAAAUGAAGACUUUAUUGCAUUUCUAUCCUCAGUGUAUUUUUAAUGUGUGUAUUGUUGUAUUCAAAUGGCAGAGACACCUUUUAAUAUGUAUUUUGAAUAUGUCUACUAAAAUUGAUGAAUGAAUGUAUUGAUUCAGGUGGCAUCCCCCUCACCCUCCGUCUCCCCCAGCUCCAUCCCCUCCUCCACCAAGACCCCCAGGUGAGACAUCUCCUGUCAUUCUAAUCUCUCUCUGUCUCUCAGCCCUUUCUUUCUCUCUCAUUCUACACUGAACAAAAAUAUAAACCCAACAUGUCAAGUGUAGGUCCCAUGUUUCAUGAGCUGAAAUAAAAGAUCCCAGAAAUGUUCCAUACGCACAAAAAGCUUAUUUCUCUCAAAUGUUGUGCACAGUUCUGUUUACAUCCCUGUUAGUGAGCAUUUCUCCUUUGCCAAGAUAAUCCAUCCACCUGACAGGUGUGGCAUAUCAAGAAGCUGAUUAAACAGCAUGAUCAUUACACAAGUGCACCUUGUGCUGGGGACAAUAAAAGGCCAAUCUAAAAUGUGCAGUUUUGUCACACAACAAAAUGCCACAGAUGUCUCAAGUUUUGAGGGAUCGUGCAAUUGGCAUGCGGACUGCAGGAAUGUCCACCAGAGCUAUUUCCAGAGAAUUGAAUGUUAAUUUCUUGACCAUAAGCCGCCUCCAAUGUCGUUUUAGAGAAUUUGGCCCUACCUCCAACCGGCCUCACAACCGCAGACCACGUGUAUGGCGUUGUGUGGGCGAGCGGUUUGCUGAUGUCAACGUUGUGAACAGAGUGCCCCAUGGUGGCGGUGGGGUUAUGGUAUGGGCAGGCAUAAGCUACAGACAACGAACACAAUUGCAUUUUAUCGAUGGCAAUUUGAAUGCAGAGAUACCGUGACUAGAUCCUGAGACCCACUGUCGUGCCAUUCAUCCGCUGCCAUCACCUCAUGUUUCAGCAUGAUAAUGCACGGCCCCAUGUUGCAAGGAUCUGUACACAAUUCUUGGAAGCUGAAAAUGUCCCAGUUCUUCCAUGGCCUGCAUACUCACCAGACAUGUCACCCAUUGAGCAUGUUUGGGAUGCUCUGGAUCGACGUGUAUGCCAGCGUGUUCCAGUUCCUGACAAUAUCCAGCAACGUCACACAGCCAUUGAAGAGGAGUGGGACAACAUUCCACAGGCCACAAUCAACAGCCUGAUCAACUCUAUGCGAAGGAGAUGUGUCACGCUGCAUGAGGCAAAUGGUGGUCGCACCAGAUACUGACUGGCUUUCUGAUUCACGCCCUACCUUUUUUUAAGGUAUCUGUGACCAACAGAUGCAUAUCUGUAUUCCCAGUCAUGUGAAAUCCAUAGAUUAGGGCCUAAUGAAUUUAUUUCAAUUAACUGAUAUCCUUAUAUGAACUGUAACUCAGUAAAAUCUUUGAAAUUGUUGCAUGUUGCGUUUAUACUUUUGUUCAGUAUACAGUUAGCCAUAAGUAUUUGGACAGUGACACAAUUUUGCAUCAUUUUGUCUCUGUACGCCACCGCAACGGAUUUGAAAGGAAACCAUCAAGAUGUGCUUUAAGUGUAGACUUUCGUCUUUAAUUUAAGGGUUUUGUCAAAUAUUAUUGUCUGAACCGUGUAGGAAUUACAACAAUUUUUAUACAUAGCCCCUCAAUUUAGGGGCUCAAAAGUAAUUGGACAAACUCACAUAAUCAUACCUUAAAUUGUGAGUUUUAAUACUUGGUUGCAAAUCCUUUGCAGUCAAUGACUGCCUGAAGUCUGGAACCCAUAGACAUCACCAGAUGCUGGGUUUCUUCCCUGGUGAUGCUCUGCCAGGCCUUUACUGCAGCUGUCUUCAGUUCCUGCUUGUUCUUGGGGCGUUUUGCCUUCAGCAAGUGAAAUGCUCAAUUGGAUUCAGGUCAGGUGAUUGACUUGGCCAUUGCAGAACAUUCUACUUCUUUGCCUUAGAAAAGUAUCGGGUUGCUUUCGCAGAAUGCUUCGGGUCAUUGUCCAUCUGCACUGUGAAGCGCCGUCCAAUGGGUUUUGAAGCGUUUUGGCUGAAUCUGAGCAGAUAAUACAGCCCUUAACACUUCAGAAUUCAUCCUGCUGCUUUUGUCAGCAGUCACAUCAUCAAUAAAUACAAGGGAACCCGUUCCAUUGGCAGCCAUACAUGCCCACGCCAUAACACUACCUCCACCGUGCUUCACAGAUGAGGUGGUAUGCUUCGGAUCAUGAGCAGUUCCUUCCCUUCUCCAUACUCAUUCUGCUACAAGUUGAUCUUUGUCUCAUCUGUCCGUAGGAUGUUGUUCCAGAAGUGUACAGGCUUUUUUUUUGUUGUUGAUGUUUUUUUGGCAAACUCUAAUCUGGUCUUUCUGUUUUUGAGGCUUACCAAUGGUUUACAUCUUGUGGUAAACCCUCUGUAUUUACUCUGGUGAAGUCUUCUCUUGAUUGUUGACUUUUGACACAGAUACGCCUACCUCCUGGAGGGUGUUCUUGAUCUGGCCAACUGUUGUGAAGGGGGUUUUUCUUCACCAGGGAAAUCAUUAUUCUGUCAUUCACCACAGUUGUUUUCCGUGGUCUUCCGGGCCUUUUGGUGUUCCUGAGCUCACCAGUGCGUUCUUUCUUUUUAAGAAUGUACCAAAUAGUUGAUUUGGCCACCUAAUGUUUUUGCUUUCUCUCUGAUGGGUUUGUUUAGAUUUUUCAGCCUAAUGAUGGCUUGCUUCACUGGCAGUGGCAGCUCUUUGGACUUCAUAUUGAGGGUUAACAGCAACAGAUUCCAAAUGCAAAUGUCACACUUGAAAUCAACUCUAGACCUUUCAUCUGCUUCCUUGUAAAUUAACUAAUGAGGGAAUGACACACCUGGCCGUGGAACAGCUGAGCAGCCAAUCACACACCUGGCCAUGGAACAGCUGAGCAGCCAAUCACACACCUGGCCAUGGAACAGCUGAGCAGCCAAUCACACACCUGCCCAUGGAACAGCUGAGCAGCCAAUCACACACCUGGCCAUGGAACAGCUGAGCAGCCAAUCACACACCUGCCCAUGGAACAGCUGAGCAGCCAAUCACACACCUGGCCAUGGAACAGCUGAGCAGCCAAUCACACACCUGGCCAUGGAACAGCUGAGCAGCCAAUUGUCCAAUUACUUUUGGUCCCUUAUAAAGGGGGGGACCACAUAUAAAAAGUGCAGACGCUCUUAUCCAGAGCAACUUACAGGAGCAAUUAGGGUUAAGUGCCUUGCUCAAUGGCACAUCGACAGAUUUUCACCAAGUCGGCUCGGGGAUUAGAACCAGUGACCUUUCGGUGACCUUUCGGUUACUGGCACAACACUCUUAACCACUAAGCUACCUGCCGCCCCAUUUGGAUGUAAAUACCCUCAAAUUAAAGCUGAAAGUCUGCACUCUCAGCUCAUAUUCAUUAUUUAAUUUCAACUCCAAUAUGUAAAUAAAUAAAUCAAUAUAUUUAUGGACCUGACUGUAUAUGACCAGGUCUUUGUCUAGUCAUGCCUGUGAUACCUUAUUAUGCGUAUCUCUGCUGUGGGUCAUGGGUAAGGGUAAGGUAUAGGUCUGUGCGAUAUGGACAAAAUAUAUCACAAUAUUUUUCACAUUUUUGACGGUAUGCCAAUAUUUUACAGUAUUUUAUGUUUUUGAAUAUAAUAAAAGUUCUACAUUUGCUUUGUGAGUAGUGUAUGAACCUAGAGCGGCAACACAUACUUUAUAAGUGAUUUAAACGGGUCUUUCUCCAUUCUGAUUGUUUUAUACUGUUCAACCAAAAGUUGAUCUCAGUUGAGAUCAUUUCCACACUGCCACUAGUGGAAAUGACAAAAUAUUGACAAGAUAUUGCCAUUCUGAUUUUAACUGGGGUUUAGAUCAAAACACUUGGUUGGAAUUAUGGACAUAUAUAAUAUAAUAUAAAUAUAUAAUUCAUUUUUUAAUUAUAUUGUUAGAGUGAAAUAGUGGGCAAAAAAAUAGUCAUUUGAAUACUAAUAGGAUCUCUAUGGCGGCGUUAUUGUGAAAUAGUAGGAACCAAAGUGUUGGGCAGUUUUUCCCAGGGGGUGGGACCCUAUAAUCUUUGGCUACAUGAAAUGUUUUUCUCUUACUUCAUGUAGCUAACAUGUUCAUCCAUCGCCUAUUUCUCCCUGAUUUAGAAGAUAAUUUUGCACAAACAACAUGCUGAUCUAGUGCUACACCAUCACUGGUAGCAGGCUGUAUUAGCUAGAUUAGCUAUGUUUACUCUGACUCUGUACAUGUAUUAGCUAGGCUAGCUAUGUUUACUCUGACUCUGUACAUGUAUUAGCUAGGCUAGCUAUGUUUACUCUGACUCAGUACAUGUAUUAGCUAGGCUAGCUAUGUUUACUCUGACUCUGUACAUGUAUUAGCUAGGCUAGCUAUGUUUACUCUGACUCUGUACAUGUAUUAGCUAGGCUAGCUAUGUUUACUCUGACUCUGUACAUGUAUUAGCUAGGCUAGCUAUGUUUACUCUGACUCUGUACAUGUAUUAGCUAGGCUAGCUAUGUUUACUCUGACUCAGUACAUGUAUUAGCUAGGCUAGCUAUGUUUACUCUGACUCUGUACAUGUAUUAGCUAGGCUAGCUAUGUUUACUCUGACUCAGUACAUGUAUUAGCUAGGCUAGCUAUGUUUACUCUGACUCAGUACAUGUAUUAGCUAGGCUAGCUAUGUUUACUCUGACUCUGUACAUGUAUUAGCUAGGCUAGCUAUGUUUACUCUGACUCUGUACAUGUAUUAGCUAGGCUAGCUAUGUUUACUCUGACUCUGUACAUGUAUUAGCUAGGCUAGCUAUGUUUACUCUGACUCAGUACAUGUAUUAGCUAGGCUAGCUAUGUUUACUCUGACUCUGUACAUGUAUUAGCUAGACUAGCUAUGUUUACUCUGACUCUGUACAUGUAUUAGCUAGGCUAGCUAUGUUUACUCUGACUCUGUACAUGUAUUAGCUAGGCUAGCUAUGUUUACUCUGACUCUGUACAUGUAUUAGCUAGACUAGCUAUGUUUACUCUGACUCUGUACAUGUAUUAGCUAGACUAGCUAUGUUUACUCUGACUCUGUACAUGUAUUAGCUAGGCUAGCUAUGUUUACUCUGACUCUGUACAUGUAUUAGCUAGGCUAACUAUGUUUACUCUGACUCUGUACAUGUAUUAGCUAGGCUAGCUAUGUUUACUCUGACUCUGUACAUGUAUUAGCUAGGCUAACUAUGUUUACUCUGACUCUGUACAUGUAUUAGCUAGGCUAGCUAUGUUUACUCUGACUCUGUACAUGUAUUAGCUAGGCUAACUAUGUUUACUCUGACUCUGUACAUGUAUUAGCUAGCUAACCAGCUAAAUAGCGAUUAGCAUUAGCGGCUAACAAGAUUUAUUUUUGCAACUUGCUAAGAAAAGACAAACUAGCAGACAGUAGUUAGCAGACAGUUAGCUACACAGACAGUUAGCUACACAGACAGUUAGCUACACAGACAGUUAGCUACACAGACAGUAAGCUACACAGACAGUUAGCUACACAGUUAGAUACAGACAGUUAUACACAGACAGUUAUACACAGACAGUUAGAUACACAAACUAAUAGUGUAAUUAUAGAACGCUUGUGGAUUUAUAUUAAGAAGCAAAGUGGAAAGCUGCAUCGUUGUCAUCAUAUUGUUGCAUCUGCUGCAUUGACCAUUCACCAACAACUGCGCUCCUUGUGUGACAGGGGGCGGGGCUUGGUGAGAGAGUCAACUCAAGUAGCGAGUAAACUAUACAAGCGGAAUGGUGUAUCAUAUUUAACAAACCAAACAUACCGUUAUAGAAGGUAAAGUAAAAACCCAAACCGGUCCUUGGAUCAAUACCGGUAUAUAGUAAAAUAUGAUAUACCACCCAGCCCAACCAGGUCUCUCUCUCUCUCUCUCUCUCUCUCUCUCUCUGUCUCUGUCUCUGUCUCUCUCUCUCUCCCCCCAGCCCACCCUGUAUCAUCCUGCGUUGUCUGGCCCCCAGUGGGCAGCAUGUAGAGGGGCUAGCGGUACCAGAGCUAGCCUACACCUCUCUGUUCACCAUGGCCUGGCUCCACUCAGGUAAACUGCUCUUAUUGGACACUGCACGUAACUGCCCUCUGCUCCAGCUCCUCCAACGUGUGGGUGUGUUUAUUGGCGGGGUUAAUGCACGGAUCAUCAGCUAGAUCCGGGAGACCAAUGGGGCGGCGCACAAUUGGCCCAGCGUCGUCCAGGGUAGGGGAGGGAAUGGCCGGCAGGGAUGUAGCUCAGUUGGUAGAGCAUGGCGUUUGCAACGCCAGGGUUGUGGGUUCGAUUCCAGUAUAAAAAAUAAAAAUGUAUGCACUAACUGUAAGUCGCUCUGGAUAAGAGCGUCUGCUAAAUGACUAAAAUGUAAUGUAAAUGUAGAUUACAUAAGUAUUCAGACCCUUUGCUAUGAGACUCGAAAUUGAGCUCAGGCCUAUCCUGUUUCCAAUAAUCAUCCUUGAGAUGUUUAUACAACUUGAUUUGUGUCCACCUGUGGUAAGUUCAAUUGAUUGGACAUGAUUUGGAAAGGCACACACCUGUCUAUAUAAGGUCCCACAGUUGACAGUGCAUGUCAGAGCAAAAACCAAGCCAUGAGGUUGACGGAAUUGUCCGUAAAGCUCAGAGACAGAUCUGGGGAAGGGUACCAAAACAUUUCGGCAGCAUUGAAGGUCCCCAAGAACACAGUGGCCUCCAUCAUUCUUAAAUGGAAGAAGUUUGGAACUACCAAGACUCUUCCUAGAGCUGGCUGCCCGGCCAAACUGAGCAAUCGGGGUAGAAGGGCCUUGGUCAGGGAGGUGACCAAGAACCCGAUGGUCACUCUGACAGAGCUCUAGAGUUCCUCUGUGGAGAUGGGAGAACCUUCCAGAAGGACAACCAUCUCUGCAGCACUCCACCAAUUAGGCCUUUAUGGUAGAGUGGCCAGACGGAAGCCACUCCUCAGUAAAAGGCACAUGACAGCCCGCUUGGAGUUUGCCAAAAGGCACCUAAAGACUCUGACCAUGAGUAACAAGAUUCUCUGGUCUGAUGAAACCAAGAUCGAACUCUUCGGCCUGAAUGCCAAGCGUCACGUCUGGAGGAAACUUGCCACCAUCCCUACGGUGAAGCAUGGUAGUGGCAGCAUCAUGCUGUGGGGAUGUUUUUCCGGCAGGGACUGGGAGAUUAGUCAGGAUUGAGGCAAAGAUGAACGGAGCAAUGUAAAGAGAGAUCCUUGAUGAAAACCUGCUCCAGAGCGCUCAGUACCUCAGACUGGGGCGAAGGUUCACCUUCCAACAGGAAAACGACCCUAAGCACACAGCCAAGACAACGCAGGAGUGGCUUCGGGACAAGUCUCUGAAUGUCCUUGAGUGGCCCAGCCAGAGCCCGGACUUAAACCCGAUCGAACAUCCCUGGAGAGACCUGAAUACUUAUGUAAAUGUCACAUUUCCAAAAACCUGUUUUUGCUUUGUCAUUAUGGGGUAUUGUGUGUAGAUUGAUGAGGGGGGAAAAAAAACUAUUUAAUUAAUUUUAUAAUAAGGCUGUAACGUAACAAAAUGUGGAAAAAGUCAAGGGGUCUGAAUACUUUCCGAAGGCACUGUAUGUCUCUAUUAUGCGUGGGAUUACUUUGGAACAAAUUUCCAAAAUUAAAAUCACUAGGAGCUGAUUUGUUGGUGUUUGUACAGUAUUUUACGUCCAACAGAAAACGUUUUCUUCACAGUCAACAGGGAGCGGAGCGGAGCAGGGACGGGGACAAGGUCUGGGACAGGGUCGGGGACAAGGUCUGGGACAGGGUCGGGGAGGACACUGUCCCACUGCCUCCUGUCUGCCGACGACGACAUCUUCAGAGUACCCUGGGAGGAUGUGGUACAUCCUCAGUUCAUUAACAGACCCAAAGCCGUAGAGUCAGCCCCUAUUAGGGUCCCUACCAAGGGAGAAAGGGACGGGGGGAGGGAACAGGAGGCCAUCAAGCCUUCGGAUAGGGCCAGAUGCAUUUCGAUUGACACAUCCAAGGCCCGAUGUGGAGAGAGUAAGGAGGUGAGGCUCCACCCACAGUUGAGACAGCCUAUCGAGACCAGUAACAGUAGAAAAGGUUUUGACAUCACAACAGGAGAGGACUCGGACACAGAGGGAGAGUAUGUUGAACUAGAAGAGAUCUCUCUACCACGCUUCUCUCCUCAGAAAGGAUCCUUAACACAGUCUAUCAGCCUCAACUACAGAAAGCUAAACAAGCCCCGCACUACAACCCAACACCCCCCCCAAUACACACCCCUUAAAGUUAUACACCCAACGCAACACCCCCCCCAAUACACACCCCUUAAAGUUAUACACCCAACGCAACACCCCCCCAAAGCAAUCCCCGCACAGCCCUUUCAGGCUCCAGUGAACAGCAGCACUUGCUCCCAGUCCAUGGUGUGUUCCAGACUCAUCGAGGAGAACCUGAACAACGACGCGUUUUUUUUCCCUGUCAUCCUCACCCCAACGGCCCCCACCUCCCCAACGGCCCCCACCUCCCCAACGGCCCCCACCUCCCCAACGGCCCCCACCUCCCCAACGGCCCCCACCUCCCCAACGGCCCCUACCUCCCCAACGGCCCCCACCUCCCCAACGGCCCCCACCUCCCCAACGGCCCCUACCUUCCCCACGGCCCCCACCUCCCCAACGGCCCCAACGGCCCCCACCUCCCCAACGGCCCCCACCUUCCCCACCUCCCCAACGGCCCCCCACCUCCCCAACGGCCCCCACCUUCCCCACCUCCCCCACCUCCCCAACGGCCCCCACCUCCCCAACGGCCCCCACCUCCCCCACGGCCCCCACCUCCCCAACGGCCCCCACCUCCCCAACGGCCCCCACCUCCCCCACCGCCCCCACCUCCCCCACGGCCCCCACCUCCCCAACGGCCCCCACCUUCCCCACGGCCCCCUCCUCCCCCACUGCCAGAGAUGUGGUCAGCAGUGAGAGGACAGUGUCAGACCGUACAGAAGGUAAUGCUGCUUGUCUCCAGAGGCUGACGCAACGUGUCUCUGAGCAUGUGUCUGAGUCUAACUGGUCGGUGUGUGACAGCGCAGCCCUGUCGGUGGUUUCUGACCCCCAGACUGACAGCCAGGAUGUUUUAACCCAGCCGCUCACUAUGGUGGAGAGGGAAGGCAGCACUUUUCAGGGUGAGGAGACAGACAGAGUCCCAGAAGAGAAAGGAGAGGUGGAGGAGAGGCGUGAAGAGGAGAGGAGGGGUAGUGCUGCAGAAACCAGGACAGAGACCGGGGAGGGAGAUAGCCAUGUUGCCACCUUACAGGGGGUUCACGUCAUUGAGACAGACCCUCACCAUGAUACCCCUGAGAGCUCCACAGACCACUCACACACAGAGGACCAGACACUGAACACACUACAGAGAGGACCAGACACUGAACCCAGGAGAGGAACCAACAGACCUGAACACACUACAGACCACAACUCGCCAAGGAGAGGACCAGACACUGAACCACUACAGACAACAACACUCGCCAAGGAGAGGACCAGACACUGA